ACUUCUGUGGGAUGUAUGUACCUCCUCUACCGGCCCGACCCGCUCCUCUCACCCCCCUCAGACCCUGCUGCCAGUCCCCGCCUACCUGUGUGACUGCAAGCCCGAACUUCUCUCCCCUACUGGCCUUGGCUCCAAUUAUCUAACUAGCAGAGUCUCGCUUCAUCUGUAUAACAAACUUACAAACUUUACCAGAAGAAAAGGUACUAAAGCCGAGAACCUCGGAGCUGCUUCCCAGUCUGUGUACAAACCCCCGGCUGGAAGCAGGCCGACGGGGAGGAUGUGGAUCUGGUACCUGUUGCUCGGUUCUGGCUCCGGUUUCAGCUCGGUCGAAAGCCAGCUGCUCCCUGGGAAUAACUUCACAACAGAGUGCAACAUUCCUGGGAAUUUUAUGUGCGGAGAUGGGAAGUGCAUCCCUGGGGGCUGGCAGUGUGAUGGGCUGCCCGACUGCUUCGACGAGAGUGAUGAAAGAGGCUGCCCCAGGGUAAAGUCCCGGUGUGCCCCCACGUUCUUCGCCUGUGCAAGUGGGAUGCACUGCAUCAUCGGGCGCUUCCACUGCAACGGCUUUGAGGACUGUCCUGACGGCAGCGACGAGGAGAACUGCACUGCAAACCCCCUCCUGUGUUCCACAGCACGCUUCCACUGUAAGAAUGGGCGCUGUGUUGACAGGAGCUUCCUCUGCAACGGACAGGACAACUGUCAAGAUAAUACUGAUGAGGAAGAUUGUGAAAGCACCUCCGAAUCUGUCCCAGGGCAGGACUUUGUGACGCUGGAUUACCGGCUGCGCUACUACCCCAGUAUCACAUAUGCAGUGAUUGGCAGCGCAGCCAUCUUUGUCCUGGUGGUGGCGCUGCUGGCCCUUGCCCUGCACCACCAGAGGAAGCGCAGUGUGCUCCUGCCUCGUGUGGGACAGCACCUUCAUCGCCUGCACCAGCCACUGCUGCUCUCGCGCUUUGUCAUCGUGGAGCCACAGCACUCCUGCAGCACCCCUGCUGCUUCCUACAGCACCACUCACGGGAUCCAGCUGCUCUCCGGAGCACUGUGCCCACGCAGCUACACCAUGGACACCCCUCCCUCGUACUCACAGGCAGUCCGUGACCUCAGACGGCCGCCCUGGUUUGAUCUGCCCCCUCCCCCCUACCCUCCUGAUGGAGAGGAGCCCGUCCCAGGGGAUCUGCCCCCCUACCAGUCUCGCCGAGGGAGCAUGCAGAGCCAGGACAGUCCCAGCGAGAGCCACACAGGGACACAAGCAACUGUACACAGAGAGGCCCAGUCCUAGGAGCCAGUCUGCCUGGGCUAAAUACCACAGCAUCCCCACCUCUACACCACAGCCUUGUACAGAGGAUCCUGCUCCAAUCACAGAGAGGUCCAGUCCUAGGGGCCAGUCUGCCAGGGCUACAUGCCACAUCAUCCCCACCUCUACACCACAGCCGUGUACAGAGGAUCCUGCUCCAAUCACAGAGAGGCCCAGUCCUAGGGGCCAGUCUGCCAGGGCUACAAGCCACAGCAUCCCUACCUCUACACAACAGCCGUGUACAGAGGAUCUUGCUCCAAUCAUAGAGGACCAUAUCCUCUUAACCAGCAGAACAGCAAAGUUAAGCAAUCAAUUUGUGAAAUUCUUGUGAAGUUUUCAGGUGUUCUGUUCUCAGCAACAGUGGAGUGGAUACAUGUUUACAUAGAUACUGGAAUGAUUUUGUCUGCUCAAAAAUAAAAUGGGAUGCAGUCCAGUGUCCAUUGCAGACUGACCUAGCCUUGUAAAUAAUAUAAUUUAAAUAUAAAAACUAUUUGAAGUGGGAACAGGUUAUUUAUCAGUCUCGUUGACCUGUGCCUGCUUCCUACCCUUAUUCUCAAGGGCUGUUCUAACAAUUAGUGAAGCCCUAAAUUGCAUAAUUAAUCAAAUAAAAGGAAACACUGAGCAGGCUGGAAUCACUUGGAUGCUGGUUACAAGUACUGUGAGUAUGACUUGGCAAGAGGAGGCAAUGUUAGUAAAGCUUUUCUGUUAUGGGAACAAUGUGCUACCGCAUGCAGAACAGUUUUUUUCGUGGUCCACGCAGUGCAAAACCAUCCGAAUCUGUACUCCUUUAUCACCCACUCUCAAUCUUAUGGCUCAUGUUUAUCGUGAUGCUGGUCAGUCACUGCCCAUACUGAAGAAAGCAAUUCAUCACAAAGCCUAAGGACAUGUUAACAUUGAAAGGUUUCAACAUUAUUCAUUAAUCAGAUUCUGGAGCUGAAAAUGAAGGAGAACACAUUGAACAUGUACCUUAAAAAUACACCCCCUGAUGGUGAAAUGUAUUUAUUGUAUUGCUUAUCUGGACAAUUUCCCAACCUUCAUACUUUGUAUCAUAUCCCAGCUAUGACACUACAAAGUGGCCACAGGACUUUAUGUUCACCGGCAUUAUCGCUCCAGUCAAGUCUGUGCAGUUACCACCCCUAUAUCAGAAUGCAAUUUGAACUAUUCAGUUUAAAUCACUCACCUAUCUAAGGAACAUACAAUACUAGUUUUGCGUUGACUCUAGUUCUUCAUUGAAACAUCACGGAACCUGUUAAUGGUACAGCACGUUUUAGAGGGUUUGCUAGUUAAAGUGGUUAUAGCGAACAAAAUACUUAAAUUCACUGUGUAGGUCUGAAAUUUGAACUUUGAAAAGAGAGUAUGAUAUUAUGCAAGAUAAAAUAAAGUUUUUAGUAUGUCUUUAAGGAAAUCUAUUACACUAGUACUUCCUAGGUUAUUUCACCUCUUCAGUGUCAUCAGCUCAAAGGCUUUUACUGGCUGCAAAGCAUGUCAGUCAUUAAGAAAGGAGCUGGUUGGUUAUUAACAGAAAAGAAGGCUGUGAAGGGGUGGGAACAAUUUUACUGCCAUGAAAGUGCAGGACUAUAAGAAGCAAAGCCUGCUAACAGAGAUUUCUUUUCCACUCAUGUAGUAUGAGAUAGCAUGUUUUAGAAUGAAAAUAUGGUUGCAAAAAAUAUGUUUGUUUGAUUUUUUUUUCGAAACUACACAAUUGAGACCUAAUUAGUGAAUGGAUCUUUCAAUGCACACUUUAUCCCUGAUUAGGUGCGUUUAACUGGUCCUCCCUGAGACGAAAAGGCUGAGAGUGCAAGUUGGAUGUUAAUCAUAUCGGCACAACUAGACUAGACCAGGGAACGACGGACUAGAUCAGGGGUGGGCAAUCCUGGUCCUGGAGGGCCAGCGUCCUUGCUGUUUUUUGUUACAACUGUACCCUAAAUUAAUUAAUUCGACCAAUUAAGAUUUUAAUAAACACUUAAUUGGUCCAAUUAAAAUUAAGUCAUUUUUAGGAUGCAGUUGGAAGAAAAACCAGGUGGCACACCUGCCCUCCAGGACAGGGAUUACCCACCCCUGGACUAGAGCAACACAGUUCUUUCUGAUUGGACGUGAGGGACAGUUUAAUGUAGCUGAGAUGAUAUAGGGAUAGUAAAGUUGCAAAGCUUCUGUUGUUUAUUUAAGAUGUUCGUGAUGUUUUCAUGAAGAACCCCACCAACUCAAAACAAAUACAUUCCUCUUAAAUGCAUUUCAGCCACUCAUUACAAAUACACACUGAAACACCUGUGAUUGCUGGCAGGCACAGAAUUAACCCCAUCCGUGCCAAUCUUGCAUUCACACAUGCACUAUUUACACAAGCAGGGCUUGUGUCCUGCCACAGAUUAAAACCAUGCACCCUUUCUAGAAAAAAAUAAAGAGUUUCAUAUCCUGUUAAGUGUUUCUGAAGGCAAUGAGGACCUUUAACAAAUCCACAAAAAUAUUGUUGCUUUGCCUUUGUUUCCUUUUAUAUACAUUAGCUGGAAAACUUGUCAGGUUAAUAAAAAAGAAAGAUCUUGCCCAAUUUGUUCUGGGAUACUUUUUAAAUCUUCUUGAAUUGUAGAAAUACUUUGUAUCAAUGUAUAAAACCUAUAAAACAUUUUAUAAUCAUUUAUGUCUUCUUGUGUUAUGGUACUUUAAUGUAAUCUGUUUUUUUUUUUUUUCUAAAAAUGUACAAAUGUAAAGUAAUAUAAAUGAUUUUUCCUCAAAAUGUUUUCAUGUUUAUAUAAUUAUAAAUUUGUAUUAGCACACGGUUCGUCCUGCAGAGUACAUCUGUGAUACUGGAACUGCCAACAUAUACUAAUAAUGAUCCACUAAACCAACAGAAUUGACACUGCCCAUUCAAAAUGCGGUAACAUUUAGGGUUUUGUUAAUUGACACUGUCGUUUCACAAAGCCUUCAUGUUUAGUGUUUUGUUAAUUGACACUGUCGUUUCACAAAGCCUUCAUGUUUAGUGUUUUGUUAAUUGACACUGUCGUUUCACAAUGCCUUCAUGUUCAGUGUUUUGUUAAUUGACACUGUCGUUUCACAAUGCCUUCAUGUUCAGGGUUUUGUUAAUUGACACUGUUGUUUCACAAAGCCUUCAUGUUUAGUGUUUUGUUAAUUGACACUGUUGUUUCACAAAGCCUUCAUGUUUAGUGUUUUGUUAAUUGACACUGUUGUUUCACAAAGCCUUCAUGUUUUGUGUUUUGUUAAUUGACACUGUCGUUUCACAAUGCCUUCAUGUUCAGGGUUUUGUUAAUUGACACUGUCGUUUCACAAUGCCUUCAUGUUUAGUGUUUUGUUAAUUGACACUGUCGUUUCACAAAGCCUUCAUGUUCAGUGUUUUGUUAAUUGACACUGUCGUUUCACAAUGCCUUCAUGUUCAGUGUUUUGUUAAUUGACACUGUCGUUUCACAAAGCCUUCAUGUUUAGUGUUUUGUUAAUUGACACUGUCGUUUCACAAAGCCUUCA